AUGUCCUCACAGGAACACACGGCGAUUGAAGAUAAGGUGGAACUGCUUGGCGAUCUCGAGCUCGCCACGUUGAUUUGUCUAAUCGCUGAACAACACUGUAUCAUCGAGGCGGAGCAGGAGCUAAUUGAUGACGUUGAAGAAGAACUGAAGUUGGUUGCGUCAAAUGCAUUUGGGCUCACGUGGGCCACAUUGAGCUGUGAUUAUCAUACAUCGCUUGAUGAUUUUGGCAGCGGUAUCUUGGUCAAGGAUGAGGGCGACACGCACUACAAGGAUCGAAACAGGAACAACAACCACUUUUCGUCUCCACCGGGAACACCAGAAAUGUCUGAUCGACGACUGUCUAAAUCUCCUGCCAUGCUUCGUCCAUUAGACAGCCGACGAAUUGCGAAUGUUGUCAUUUGCAAGAACCUGAACCAAGCAAGCCCUGAAGUCCAAGUACAAGCCCUGGAGCUGAUCCGGGGAAAGCGUAAUUUUACCAGGACAGCUGUCCACGCUGCACCUCGGCCGUUUUUACUUGUCUCGUUGAGUGUUAGCAGAACACAGCGCUUGACCGAGCAUUUGAAUGAUGCGUUCUUCAUCUCUCACAAGCACCAGGCGCAAGAUGGACUACCGAACCUAGAAGAGCUUCAGGACCAGCGCUUUGUUUCUGAAGACGAUGCAUCCACGUCGUCGGUGGUGCGCAGGUCGACGUACACUGCCGUUUCGAAAGUGCAGUCUGUACUGUUCAGCCUCGAGGAUCUUGCGCAGCUGACGAAGCUUACCGCGAGCGUCAGGAUCAGCUCGGAAGUUCGAGCUUACCUUCACAAUAUCGUUGUCUUCAUGAGACUGCACCGCGCUGUUGCUGGGGGUAUUUCUGCCAUGGCUACCAGACACUUCAACACCUUGGCCCAUGUGUUGGCCCCACUCCACAGUCUCGAAUACGUCCAUCCGUCCCUUGUGGCUCUUGCAGCCCGUAAAGUAUACGCCCAUCGCAUUGCCAUCACGACGCCGGAGGAUGAGCGAAGCAUGCAAUGGGGCAGUUCGCUGGAAGCCGUCAAGGCUGUGCUUGAAGAUGUCACUGUCGAGGACAUUGUCGAGGAAGUGCUCCAGUCCGUGGAAGUGCCAUUAUGA